GACCGGCCUCUUAGCUACUGCUGCAGUUCAUCACACCGCCCUAUCAGUCUCAGUCGGUCCGUCUAUCGCCCAAUUUACGUAAUUCGAAGCUCAUUCUGUAUCAAAAACCUCCUUUCGGAAAAAAAUGAAUUUCGCCGGUAAAGUGGUGCUCAUUACGGGAGCCAGCAGUGGAAUCGGCGCUGCCACGGCUAUCAAGUUCUCCAAAUUGGGAGCAUCCUUGGCCCUGACGGGUCGCAAGCUGGACAAUCUCAACAAUGUCGCCAAGGAGUGUGCAGCGGGAGCGGGUGCUCCCCUCGUCAUCCCCGGCGAUAUCACCCAGGAGGCAGAUACGGAGCGCAUCCUCAAGACGACCAUCGAAAAGUACGGCAAAUUGGACGUCCUGGUAAACAAUGCCGGUAUCAUCGAAACCGGAACCAUUGAAACCACCAGUCUGGAGCAGUUCGACCGGGUGAUGAACACCAACGUUCGAUCGAUCUACCAUUUGACAAUGUUGGCCGUGCCGCAUCUGAUCAAAUCGCAGGGCAACAUUGUGAACGUGUCCAGCGUAAAUGGGAUCCGAUCGUUCCCGGGUGUGUUGGCGUACAAUAUUUCCAAGAUGUCGGUCGAUCAGUUCACCCGUUGCGUUGCGUUGGAACUGGCUGCCAAGAAUGUUCGCGUCAACUGUGUUAAUCCGGGCGUGACGGUCACCAAUCUGCACAAGCGCGGCGGAAUGGACGAGGAAACGUACAAGAAAUUUUUGGAACACUCGAAGAAUACGCAUGCGAUGGGCCGCCCUGGACAGGCUACGGAAGUUGCCGACGCGAUCGUCUUUUUGGCUAGUGAGGCGGCUUCGUUUGUUACUGGGGCAAGCUUGCCGGUGGAUGGCGGUCGUCAUGCCAUGUGCCCCCGAUAAGCGAUAAGGUCGAACGCAUUCGAUGGGAGUGAUGAUCAUCAGCUGGGUUUUUAAGCAUUUAUUUUUUGGUUUUGAUUGUGGUAGAGAAGGAUGGCAAAUAUGUUUAUGUUCUGUUUCGUAUAUUAUGUAAAAGCAAUAAAUAAUCUUGCAAAAUGAA